AUGAAGAGCAAUGUCGAAAAUUUGUGUACGGUCGUCAUCCACAAUUUGACUGCCCCUUCUACAGGGUAUUUUUCCGCGGCGGCGCUUUGGAUCACGCGAGCUCAUCAUCAUCAUCAUCAUUAUACUCAGCUAGCUAGGGCGGACGCUGUUAUAAAAUCAAAAAUAACUGUCGCAGUCAGUGCGGUAAUGUCGAAGACGAACGACGGUUCGACGGGGUGCCGAUACUGGCGCACAGUGAUGCCGAGGCCGAGUGUAUUAUUUCUUUUUCUUCUUCUCGGUGUCUUUGUGAUUUUAUCUAACGGAAAUUACGGAGUAUACGGAGCUAAAAAUGUGCGCCAGGACGAACCUAGUGUCACGCGCAGUGGAAAGACUUCUUCUUCUCCAUCAUCAUCGUCAACUGGACACCAUCAAAAAGAAUCUGAACCGGUGAUUGAAGAGGUUACAGCAAAGCAGCUCGAACGUCUUCUUCAAGAAAAGGACUUUGUUGCUGUUUAUUGGUAUGCGAGAAGUUGCAUUACGUGUGAUAAAGUUUUAGCUGAACUCGAAAAAAUAGACGAUGAUACCGACACGUUUGGAGUUGAUUUUGUUAAAAUUAAUGACAAACGAUUAGCUAAACAAUAUGGGAUUAAAAAUUUCCCGGCACUCACGUACUUCCGGGAAAAAGAACCGAUCAUUUAUGAGGGUGACCUGAUGGACGAAGAAGGUGUCUUAGAUUUCCUCACAAGUCUAGAAGCCAUGGAUUUGCCUGAUCGAAUUGAGGAAGUAAAUGCCAAAAUUCUCAAUAAAAUUGUUGAAGAUACAGAAUUUGUAGCUGUACUAUUCUGUCCAAAUACGGAGCGGUGUGCUGGUGCUAGUUCUAACAAGCCAGACUGCAAGAAAUGCGCAAAAGCUCUAAUAGAAUUAGAAAACAUCGAUGAUGAAGCUGAUCAACUGGGUAUUGGUUUUGUAAAAAUUGCUGAUGAAGAACUUGCUGAAGAAUAUAAUUUAGGGCCAUUACCUAAAUUAGUUUACUAUCGUCAUCAAAUACCUAUUAUUUAUGAAAAUGAACUCAGCAAAGAAGAAGAUGUCUUAGAAUGGUUAGUAUCAAAUAAAAGUACUGGUGAUGAAGAAGAUGUAAUUGAAGACGUAACUGCUAAAACUCUAAAUACUUUGAUUGGAAAUAUGGAUAAUCUUGUUGUUCUUUUUUACGAUCAUGGCGAUGAUGACUCAAUGCAAGUACUUGCAGAACUUGAAAAAAUAGAUGAUGAUUUGGAUAAACAUGGGAUUCAAUUUGUUAAAAUAGAUGAUUCGAAAGCAGCUAAAGAUUUUGGAAUUGAUUCUGUACCAGCAAUUGUUUAUUUUGAAAAACAAAUACCAAAUGUUUACGAUGGCGAUGUUGAGAACGAAGAUGAAAUACUUGAAUGGUUACUAUCUCAAUUAGAAAAAGAUGAAAUUGAAGAUGUUACUGAUGAAAUGCUUGAUCGUUUGGUAAAAGAAGGCAAGACUAUCGCUGUACUGUUUUACGACAAUAACGACCGUAAAUCUCAACGAGUUUUAAAUGAAUUAGAAAAUAUUGACGACGAGUGUGAUCAACUGGGUGUUGUUUUUGUUAAAAUUGAUAACGCCGAUGAGGCCAAAGAGUAUGGAAUUGAAAAAAUGCCGGCUUUGAUUUACUUUGAAAAGGGAAUCCCAACUAUAUAUGAAGGUAAUCUUGAAGAUGAGCAAAAAGUUCUCAAGUGGCUGGAUGAACAACAAGCAUCCGAUCAAAUUGAAGAUAUUACUGAUGAAAUGCUCGAUAUGGUCAUCGAAAAAAUGCCUCAUGUUGCUGUUUUAUUUUAUGACAAAGAUCAGAAGAAAAGUCAAAAAGUAUUAACUGAGUUAGAGAAUAUUGAUGAUGAUUGUGAUCAACAUGACAUAGCAUUUGUAAAAAUAGAUGACGAUGAAGAAGCUAAAGAAUACGGCCUUGAUGAUCUCCCUACUUUGGUUCUAUUUGAAAAAGGAAUUCCACAUAUUUAUGAUGGUGAUCUGAUGAAUGAGGAUCAACUUCUUGGAUGGCUACUGCAUCAAAAAAAACACCGUGAAAUUCCUGAAGUAACAGACGAAAUGAUGGAGAAGCUAAUAGAAAACCAGCCCUUCCUUGCUGUAUUAUUUUAUGAAAAAGACGACAAGCAGAACAUAAGGAUUUUAAAUGAGUUGGAGAACAUCGAUGAUGAUCUCGAGAAAGAAGGAAUUGUUAUUAUUCGUAUUGACAAUGAAGCCGAAGCUAAAGAUUAUGGUAUCGAUCAUCUUCCCACUCUGGUAUACUUCGAGGACAAAAUUCCAGCUAUCUACGAAGGUGAUUUACUCAAUGAAGAUGAAGUACUUCAAUGGUUAAUCGAACAAAAAAAAACAGCUACCAUUGAAGAAGUUACUGAUGAAAUUCUGUCUGGUCUUAUUGAUGAACAUGAAUACGUCGUUGUUUAUUUCACUGGUCGUUGUGACGAAGGCGAUGAAUGUGAAACAGUUUUAAAAGAAUUGGAGAAUAUUGAUGACGAACUUGAUGAAACAGGAAUUAUUUUUGUAACAACUGAAGACACUGGAUUAGCUAAAAAACACAACAUUAAAAAAUUACCAGCAUUGGCUUUCUUUAGAAAUAAAGAGCCAUUACUUUAUGACGGAGAUCUUGAAGAUGAAGAUGAGGUACUGUCUUGGCUUACUGAUGAAAAUACACUUGAAAUACCCGGUAAAAUUGAAGAAGUUAAUAUUAAAAUGUUAGAAAAUAUUCUUGAUGAAAAUGACUACGUUGUUGUCUUCUUUUAUAAAGAAGGUGACAAAAAAAGUCAAAAGAUUCUUCAAGAGCUUGAAAAUAUUGAUGACGAGUGUGAAGAAGAAGACAUUGAUUUCGUUAAAAUUUCUGAUGAUAAUAUUGAAAAAGAAUAUGAUCUUCCUGGACUACCAGCGCUUGCUUUUUACCGUCAUAAAUUCCGUCAAAUUUACACUGGAGAUAUGAUGCACGAAGAGUCUAUUCUUGAAUGGAUUUUACAGCUCCGUCAUUCUACACCAGAUGUUAUUGAAAGUGUUGAUCGUAAAACACUUCAAGUUUUAAUCAACGAUGUUGAACAUCUAGCUGUUUUAUUUUAUGAUGAUGAUGAAAAAAAAUGUAGCACUUGCCGUCAAAUAUUAGAAGAACUUGAGACAAUAGACGACGAUACUGAUAAACAUGGAAUACAAUUCGUCAAAUCAAAAGACGCUAAAUUGGCUGCUGAAAUUGGAAUUUUUUCAUUUCCUGCUCUUGUUUAUUACGAAACUGGAGUACCCAUCAUGUAUGACGGUAAUAUUUUGGAUGAAUCAGAAGUAUUAGAAUGGAUGGUAAGGCAAAGAAACGACGCAAGUAUUGAAAAAAUAGAUCGGGAACAAUUGACAAAAUAUAUUGAAACCAAAGAAUUUUUAGCUGUAAUAUUUUAUAAAGAAGAAGAUCCAGAAAGUCCACGUGUACUACGACAUAUCGAAUUAAUUGAUGAUGAAGCUUCAGAGUAUGGAAUAAAAAUCGUCCAAAUGAGUGACCGUUUAAUGGCUAAAAAAUAUGGAUUUAGAAAUCCCCCGGGUAUCACUUACUUUCGUAAAGGGAAGUAUAUUAAUUAUGAUGGGGACAUUGAUGAUGAAGAGGAAAUACUUGAUUGGUUGACAAAUCCUGAAAAUAUGGAACUAACGGAUCAUAUCGAACGAAUAAACAAAAAAAUGUUCCAAAAAAUCCGCCAAACUUCGGAUUAUGUUGCAGUAUUUUUUUACAGUAAAGAGUGCAAACAAUGCAGUAAAGUAUUGACUGAAAUAGAGCAUAUUGAUGACGAAGCUGAUCAUGCUGGUAUUAAUUUUGUUAAAAUUGAUGAUAAACAAUUAGCUAAAGAAUAUGGAGUUUUUGCAUUACCUGCGAUACUAUUCUUUAGAAUGGGAUCUAAAGAACCGGUUAUUUAUGCAGGUGAUUUAUAUGAUGAAAAUGCAAUUCUCCAAUGGUUAAUGACGCAAAAAGAUCCAUCUGGAGAAAUGAUAGAGGCAUUGGAAGGUGAAGAUCUUCUUCACCUUAUUCGCGAGUCUACAUCAUUAGCCGUAUACUUUUGGAACAGAACGCUUUGUGACAUGUGCAAUUCAAAAGCGUUCCGCAAGCAGAUGCGGCACAAACAUCAUCAGGAGGUCAAGAAUACUGAACAAGUUGAAGUCCCGGAAGAAGCUGAUGACAGUGACGAUUGCGAGCAGUGCGCUGGGAUACUUGAAGAGUUAGAAAAUAUUGAUGACGAUUGUGAUCGACAUGGUAUUACUUUCGUUAAAACACAAGAUUUUAAAAUUGCUGAAGACUAUGGUGUAACAGAUUUUCCAGUACUCGUUUACUUUGAGUCUCAAAUUCCUAGUGUAUUUGAAGGAGAUCUAGCUGAAGAAGAAGAAGUUCUUCAAUGGCUUAUUACCCAAAGGACUGAAGAUAGAAUUGAAUUAAUAACUCGAGUGAUGUUAGAAGCUUCUGUUGAAGAUACUCAAUAUCUUGCAGUAUAUUUCUACAAAUUGAAUUGUCAUAUUUGUGAUGAAAUUUUGGAAGAACUCGAACGAAUAGACGAUGAAUGCGAUGUUUUUGGAAUUCAAAUGGUUAAAAUUCAUGAUCCUCAAUUAGCUAAAAGAUACUCAAUUAGAACAUUUCCAGCAUUGGUCUAUUUCAGAAAUGGAAAUCCCCUACUAUAUGAAGGCGAUUUACAAAAUGGAGAAUCAGUAUUGGAAUGGUUAAUUGACGAUGAUAAUCGUGAAUUAGCUGAUGAAAUCGAAUCUGUUAAUGAAAGAAUGUUAGAACGUCUUUUUAAUGAAUCACCAUUUUUAGCAGUUUUCUUUUACGAUGAAGAUUGUCCAGAGUGCGAUGAAAUAAUGGAAGCCCUGGAAAAAAUAGACGGUGAAGCUGAUCUAUUCGGUAUUGAUUUUGUUAAAAUAUCAAGUGCAGAGACAGCUGAAAAAUAUGGUAUUAUUAAUUUACCAUCAUUAACAUACUUCCGUAAAAAAACAGCUCUUAUAUAUGAUGGUGAUCUCACACAAGAAGAUAAAAUACUUGCUUGGCUAACUUCACAAGAUGUAUUUGAAAUUAAAAAUGAAAUUGAAGAAGUUAAUAAAAAAAUGCUUGAUAAAUUACUAGAUGAAAAUGAAUUUUUGGCCGUAUUCUUCUAUGAACACGACAAUAAAGAAAGUGCAGAAGUAGAUAAAAAAUUAGAAACAAUUGAUGGUGAAACAGAUAAUUUAGAUAUAACGUUUGUAAAAAUGGCGGAUCCACGUUACGCUCGAAAAUGGGGUGUAACUAAAUUACCAGCCAUUGUAUAUUUCCGAAAAAGAUUUCCAAGUAUUUAUCGAGGUGAUCUUCAUAAAGAAGAUGAAGUGCUUGAAUGGUUGAGAAAAAAUAGGUUUCGACAACCAGAAUUAAAUAUUUACAUGUACAUGCUGUUAGCGAUAACGUUAAUAUUUUUAAUGUACACAGGUUUUCUUUUAUCUUGUUUUCGAUCAGAUACAGCUCCUACACCUGCACCGCAUCCAAAACAAGCGUGAAAUUGAAUUUAUUUAAUUAUCAAAAAUAAUAUUUGCCAGCAGUAUUUGGUAACACGUGCAACAAAUACACGAAUGAUAUUCCAAAAUCCAGGAUUUUUAAUUCAUAUUAUUAUUAUGACCAUUAUUUUUAUGCUGUAAAGUGAUUCAAUAUUACGACCAUUUUUUUUUUUUGCAUAGCAGUAUCGUACAAGUGACUUUGAUUUGUACAUCAGAUAUAAUGACCACAAUCAAAUAGGUCAUGACAAAUAUUAAUUACAAAACUUUAAGCGAUAAAUAUUAUUUAAUCUAUAUAUACUGUCCACUCUGUUAAUAUAAAUAAAUAUAAUAUAAUAUAAUAUAAUAUAAUUACUACAGUCGGACCUCAUUAUAAGAUUAUCAACAUUAUUCCGUUUAAAUUUAAAAACUUUUAUUGCAACAUUAUUUUUAAAUGUUUUACUCACUUUAUGUCAUUAGUGACAUAAUUAUUUUAUUAAUAAUAAAAUCAUAUCAAUUCCCGAGUCAAAAUCUAAGGCAUACUUUGAACCUAAAUGAGCAUUGAAAACCUACAUUGGACUUUUUAGGACGUAAUCAUUGUAAAAGCUUGGAAUGGACCUACUUAGACUUACAAAGGCUCGAAUUGAACCUACAUAGACAUAAAUCGAGAAACGAACGUAACUAGAGUUAACAGAAGGGAAAGCUUGCAAAGAAUACUACAGAAAGGUAAAAUUGUGAAAGUCGCGGACUAUUGGAGAAUUGACGCAAGUGAUCCAGUCAUCUCACCAGUGGGCUAAUGACACCCAAGGGUGGAUUGGGUUUCACAGACAACCUGGGACUAACAGAGAGAUUUAAAAAAUUCUAAGGCUAGUAAGAAAUUGCUACAAUAAAAUCCAGCGAUCUUAUCAGUAGAUUAAUGACACAUAGAAGUGGAAUAUGACCUAGAAGCAUCCUGCCCUAGCGGAUCUGAAUUCCGCUAAAUUGUUGCCGCGACCGGUUACCCUCGGACCAAAUAACCCCGACACAAUAACCUAGAACAAAAUAGCCUCGUAACAAACUAACCUGAAAAAAUUCACAUAAAUCUAUAACGAUAAAAUUCGUACUUGAAGGUUAUUGAUGUUCAGGUUAUUUACCCGAUGAAAAAAGAUUUUAUACAAUUGUAUAGAAUUAUAUAUCAAUUAUAUAUGGACUAUAUAUAAUUGGAUAGAAAAAAUGGCCCGAUCCAAUUGUAUACAAUUCUAUAUAUUGCAAUUAUAUAGAAUUGUAUAUAAUUUGUAAAAAUUGUAUAUAAUUAUAUAGACUUGUAUACAAUUUGUAUAGAAUUGUAUACAAUUUCUAUACAGUUGUAUACAAUUGGAUCGGGCCAUUUUUUGUAUAUAAUUUUAUACAAUUUUAUAAAAUCUUUUUUCAUCGGGUUUAUAACAAAAUUAAUUUUUUUCCAGGUUGUUUUGUUCUACACAGUAAAAAAUAUUGUGUAUUUGUGUCGAAAACGGUUUGUGUUAAAAAUUUUAGUGUGUUAAACUAACACAAAGUUUGUGUCACCUUAUUUUGUAACAUAAAAAAUGUGUUAUGCACUCUUUAUUAACACAUUUUGUGUGUUACUGUGGAAUUCUUUGCGCCCUCUUGUGGCGAUAUUUCAACAUAAUCUUUGUAUUAAAAAGGGGUUACACAAAGUUUGUGUCGAAACUUCAACACAAAUUUCAUGUCAACCGUUUUUAACACACAAACUGUGUUGAUUUUACACAAUAUUUUUUACUGUGUAGGUUAUUUUGUCGAGGUUAUUUUGUCCGAAGGCAAUUUGUUACGGAACCGUUAAAUUACCGUAUUUUACGGCAAUUAUUCUGAAUAUCGUAAAUUACGGUAAAAUGCCGCAAUGUCACCAUAAAUUUGCCGUAGAGUACCGUUAAUUACCGUAUUUUGCGGUAAUUAUUCUGAAAUGGUGGUAAAGUAGGUAAUUUACCGUAAUUCAGAUCUGCCAGGGUGAGACUAACAGAGAGUCGAUUUAAAAAAUUUUAAGGCUAGUACAAAAUUGCUGCAAUGAAAUCCAGCGAUCUUAUCAGUAGAUUAAUGACACAUAGAAGUGAAAUAGGACCUAGAAGCAGCCUGCCCUAGCGAAUCCGAAUUCUUCUAAAUUAACGUAUUUUACGGCAAUUAUUCUGAGUACCGUAAAUUACGGUAAAAUGUCGCAAUGUUGUGGUAAUUUGCCGCGGGGUGCCGUAAUUUGUCGCAAAUUACCGAAUUUUGCGGUAAUUAUUCUGAAAUUGCGGUAAUUUAUCGUAAUUCAGAUCUGCCAGGGUGGGACUAACAGAGUCGAUUUAAAAAAUUCUGAGUUUUUCCGUUUCACGAUAUGUUGUAGGUCUAAUUCAUGCCUUUGUAAGUCUAAAUUGAUUCAUUUCAAGUUUUCACACUGAUCAUGUCUUAAAAAGUCUAAUGUAAAUUUUCAAUGCUCAUCAAAGUUCAAAGUAUGCCUUAAUUUUCGACUCAGGAAAUAUCAGAUAACUUAAAUGUAUAUUAUUGUUAUAUUAUUGUAUUAUAUUAUUUAAAAUAGUUUUAUAUAAAGGUCCAACUGUGUAUUGAUAGCGUAUUAAAUUGUUGCUAUUGUUGUUAUUGCUGAUAUUGUCGUUAUCUUAUAAUUGUUAUUAUAACAUAUGUACUUAUUAUCACACACACACCCACACAAACAUAGAAACACACUUAUUAUGAUGUUAAUUAAAAUAUUUAUAUCAAUAUAUAUAUAAAUUUUCACCCAUUGAAUCGUAUAAAAUAUAUAUUAAAGAGAAUUUUUAAUCUUCUUGGUAAGAUCUCUAUAAUUAGGCUUAAGUACAUUCAUCUAUUCCGUUUUAUUGUACACAUAUUUCCUCAUGAUGUCAUUAUAUAUAUAUGAUAUAUUCAAAUGAAUAUAAUAAAGAAUCGAAGGAACCUUUGGACCAA